UCUUGGUUUGAGGGUUACAUUAUUAUGCAUGGAUUGAUUAGUGUUUCUUGUAGUUCAGUUUCUUAGAAACACCAUAGCAAUAUAAAAAGAGAGAAUGAGUAUUGUUAAAGUUAUUAUUUUGGUGGUUUUAUAUCACCAGUUUAUAUGUAAAGUACUUGGCUCCCCUGUAAAUAAUGGCUUGGACUCUUCCUGGAAUCUAAGCAAAGAUGACAAUCUGGCUAACAACCACCAUAACUUGGAUAAGGACUCCUCAUCUAAUCCUGCACGCACAAACUUCAGCCAAGAUGCCACAGAGGAAACUGGUCCUGUGAAUGCCAACUUCAGCCAAGAUGCUACUGAGGAAUCUGGUUCUGCAAACGGCAACUUCAGCCAAGACGCUACUGAAGAAACUGGUCCUGUGAAUGCCAACUUCAGCCAAGAUGCUACUGAGGAAUCUGGUCCUGUGAAUGCCAACUUCAGCCAGGAUGCUACUGAGGAGUCUGGUUCUGCAAGCGGUAACUUCAGCCAGGAUGCUACUGAGGAGUCUGGUUCUGCAAGCGGCAACUUCAGCCAGGAUGCUACUGAGGAAUCUGGUCCUGCAAGUGGCAACUUCAGCCAGGAUGCUACUGAAGAAUCUGGUCCUGUGAAUGCCAACUUCAGCCAGGAUGCUACUGAGGAGUCUGGUUCUGCAAGCGGCAACUUCAGCCAAGAUGCUACUGGGGAGUCUGGUUCUGCAAGCGGCAACUUCAGCCAAGAUGCUACUGAGGAGUCUGGUCCUGCCAAUGGAAACUUCAGCCAGGAUGCUACUGAGGAAUCUGGUUCUGCAAGCGGCAACUUCAGCCAGGAUGCUACUGAGGAGUCUGGUUCUGCAAGUGGCAACUUCAGCCAGGAUGCUACUGAAGAAUCUGGUCCUGUGAAUGCCAACUUCAGCCAAGAUGCUACUGAGGAGUCUGGUUCUGCAAGCGGCAACUUCAGCCAGGAUGCUACUGAAGAAUCUGGUCCUGUGAAUGCCAACUUCAGCCAAGAUGCUACUGAGGAGUCUGGUUCUGCAGCAACUUCAGCCAGGAUGCUACUGAAGAAUCUGGUCCUGUGAAUGCCAACUUCAGCCAGGAUGCUACUGAGGAGUCUGGUUCUGCAAGCGGCAACUUCAGCCAGGAUGCUACUGAAGAAUCUGGUCCUGUGAAUGCCAA